AUGGCAGAGGGCAGCAACGCGGACUGGAUGGGCUCCCUCGCCCCCGCCCUCAGCACCUUCCCGCUGGCCCAUCUGGCCAUCCCAGGAUCACAUGAUUCUUUCAGCUACUGGGUUGAUGAGAAAUCACCUGUGGGACCUGAUCAAGCCACGGCAAUCAAACGUUUGGCUAAAAUUUCUUUGGUGAAAAAGCUGAUGAAGAAAUGGUCAGUGACUCAAAACCUGACCUUCAAAGAGCAGCUGGAAGGUGGGAUCCGCUACUUUGAUCUGCGCGUAUCUUCCAAACCGGGAGAAGUGGGACAGGAGAUCUAUUUCAUACAUGGCUUGUUUGGCAUCAAAGUAUGGGACGGACUGAUGGAGAUAAACACCUUCCUCACACAGCACCCCAAAGAAGCCAUCUUCUUGGAUUUCAAUCACUUCUAUGCCAUGGAAGACCAGCACCACAUAUACCUGAUUAACAGGAUCCGGGAAGCAUUUGGAUCAAAACUUUGCACAAUGGAAUAUGUAGAAAAUGUGACCUUGCAAUAUCUUUGGGAGAAGAGUCAGCAGGUUCUCAUUUUCUACCACUACCCUCUGUAUCAGGAAUAUCCCUUCCUGUGGCCAGGGAAUAAAAUGCCAGCACCUUGGGCAAACACAACGAACGUGCACAAGCUAUUACAGUUCUUAGAGACCACUCUUGGGGAGCGGGCUCAACAUGGAACUUUUCAUGUUUCUCAAGCUAUUCUCACACCCAGGGUCAAAACUAUUGCACGGCACCUAAUUCGUGGCCUAAAAAAUACGCUUGUUCACAGGAACCUGCCUAUGAUUUUGAACUGGGUAAAGACACAGAAGCCAGGCGUUAUGGGCGUUAACAUAAUUACAUCAGACUUUGUGGAGCUGGUUGACUUUGCUGCCACGGUUAUUGCAUUAAACGACCUCCUUUUAGAAGGGCACCGAGCUGUGACUAAAUCCUGA